AACUACAAUGGAAUACAUAAUUUUAGUUUUCACCUGCCUCGUGACAUUUUGUCAGGUUAAUUCACAAUACUGUGGGGGCUGUGGACCAAAUCCCAUCGUGACGAGUCCACAGCUACUUACCAAUGGACCUUAUUUAACUGCACCGCAAGUCAUGACGUCACCAGUGGUCUCUACGACUGUAGUCGAUAACUCCGUGUCAAACGCUUUAGCGAAUGCUUUACAGUUAUUAAUAGUGAGCGACCUCAUCGAGUCUAAGCUAUCGAAAAUCGCUCCGAAUUCAUUACUGAACACAUUCGCACCGAUUCUUGAAAGAUUUGGUCCAUUGUGUUCUCCCGUAGUUGAUGUCGUUGCGCCUUGCCCUACACCUAUCGAAGUUAUACCUCCUUGCGUUCCUUUAAUCGAAACCAUAACGCCCACUUGCUAUGGAGGUAUUACAGAAACUUUCUGCUCGAAUCCUUACGGCGUCACUGAAACUUUCAUUCCAAAUUGCUAUAACGGAUACACUGAAACAAUCGCAGCAACGCCCUGUGGGGUUACAGAAAUUAUUACUCCUAAUAUCGGCUUCAAUAAUAUAGCAACACUGAAUCCUAAUAUAUACGGGGGUCUUACUGAAGUAAUUUCAACAACACCAUGUGUACAACAAUUCCCGUUAAAUAACGUGUUUGGUGGUUUUACAGAAGUUGUUACACCGACAUGUGGCUCUAACUUUUUUAGUGGCGUAACUGAAGUUUUUACACAAAAUCCGUUCACGAAUAAUUAUUGUGAUCGUUUCACAGAAGUCAUUACACCAGUGUCCGCUUUUAAUCCUGGAUGUAUUGGAGGUGUGACUGAAAUUAUAAAUUCAAAUCCAUGCACACCGAACUUCUAUGGAGGUCUGACGGAGAUAGUCUCGCCCUUCACACCAGGCUGUUUUAGUGGAGUAACUGAGGUACUCACUCCCACGUCAUACAUGCCUAAUUAUUUACCUAAUUACGGUGGAGUAACCGAAGUAGUUACUCCUUCCCAAUUUUCACCGUUCUUUGGUGGUAUCUCAGAAUUUAUUUCUUCUGUUGGUCCUUUCAAUCCGGGUUAUAUACCAGAGGUUAUCACGGCUAAUCCCUAUUGUCCCAAUUACUUUGGUAACGUAAAGGAAAUUAUUGCCCCAACUGGGCCAUAUGCACCUGUCGCCGCUGAGGUACUAAUCCCACCCGCUAUUCCAGCUCAAUUAACAUGUAAUUUCGGUUACAUGCCGACAACUAUGCCAUGCGUCAGUUUCAACGUGGAAGCGUUACCGUUCGAGCCUUGUGGUUGUGGGUGCAACGGCUUCCCAAAAGGUUUCUAUUAUUAAGUAUUGUUAUUAUUGUUAGACAUUUAUGUAAUAAACUGUUUUUAUUUAA